GAUAUUUGCUUUUCAAGGAUUUUUGCGAAAAUGUAUCAGAUGAUCCGGUGCCUCAGUUGCGGUUUUAUGAAGAGAUAAAGGCUUACGAAAAAUUAGAAUGUCACGAGGAGAGGCUGAAGUGCGCCAAGGAUAUUUACGACAACUACAUUAUGAAGGAACUUUUAUCAAGGGCAUAUGAUUACUCAAAGGAAUGUCUGGAACACGUUCAAAGCCACGUAGCGAAACACGAAGUCCCCGUCACUCUUUUCGAGCCUUACAUAGAAGAAAUUUAUAAUCAGUUAAGGGACGAACCAUUUAAAAAAUUUUUAGAAAGUGAAAAAUAUACUAGGUUUUGUCAAUGGAAAAAUUUAGAAUUGAAUAUACAGUUAACAAUGAACGACUUCAGCGUCCAUAGGAUAAUCGGAAGGGGGGGUUUCGGGGAGGUGUACGGCUGCCGGAAAGCCGACACCGGAAAAAUGUACGCCAUGAAAUGCCUAGACAAGAAGAGAAUAAAAAUGAAACAGGGCGAGACCUUGGCCCUAAACGAGAGGAUCAUGUUGUCGUUAGUUAGUACAGGACAAGACUGCCCUUUCAUCGUUUGUAUGACGUACGCUUUCCACACGCCCGACAAAUUGUGUUUUAUACUCGAUCUGAUGAACGGUGGAGACCUACAUUAUCACCUUAGUCAGCACGGAGUUUUCAAUGAGUCCGAAAUGAAGUUUUACGCUGCGGAAGUUAUAUUAGGCUUAGAACAUAUGCAUAGGAGAUAUAUUGUAUAUAGAGAUUUAAAACCUGCAAAUAUUUUAUUAGACGAACACGGACAUGUUCGAAUAUCCGAUUUAGGUUUAGCCUGUGAUUUUUCCAAGAAAAAACCCCAUGCUAGUGUAGGAACUCAUGGUUACAUGGCACCAGAAGUAUUAUCGAAAGGUACACCCUACGACUCAAGUGCGGAUUGGUUCAGCUUUGGCUGUAUGUUGUACAAAUUACUCAAAGGUCACUCGCCAUUCCGCCAACAUAAAACCAAAGAUAAACACGAGAUAGAUAGAAUGACUUUAACCAUGAAUGUCGAAUUACCUGAUUCAUUUAGCAAAGAACUGAAAUUGCUUCUAGAAGGACUGUUACAGAGGGAUAUUGAUAAGAGGUUAGGAUGUAAGGGAAAUGGUUCAGAAGAGGUAAAGGAACACCCAUUUUUCGCUGGUAUUGAUUGGCAGCAGGUAUACUUGCAAAAAUACACACCUCCUCUCAUUCCGCCAAGAGGAGAGGUCAAUGCGGCUGAUGCCUUCGAUAUCGGCUCUUUCGAUGAAGAAGACACCAAAGGAAUCAAGUUGACAGAUGCUGAUCAGGAACUGUACAAAAAUUUUCCACUUGUGAUAUCUGAGCGGUGGCAGAACGAAGUGGCAGAAACAGUAUUUGAAACGGUUAAUUUUGAGGCUGAUAAAACGGAACACAAAAAGAGGGCCAAGCAAAAGAAAUUAUAUGAUUUAGACGAGAAAGAAUCAGACUGCAUAUUACAUGGGUACAUAAAAAAAUUAGGAGGACCGUGGACGUCCAGUUGGCAAAUGAGGUACGCGAAGUUAUACCCGAAUCGACUGGAACUACAUCCAGAUUCAGCGAAACCAGAGUUAGUAUUCAUGGAUCAAAUCGAAGAAGUCAGUCAGGAUUUGGUUCAAGUCAAAAAUGAAAACUGUAUAGUUGUGAGGAUGAGAGACGGAAAAAUUGUCCUAACGAAUCUGGACGAAAUUGGCCUUAAGGAGUGGCUCAACUCUCUGAAAUCAGCGCACAAACUCUCCCAGGAGCUGCUUGGUUCGAUGGCAAAGAAAGCGGGAAAAAUUUACGGCACGGACUCCAACAACAGGAAUGCCAUUAUAGCGGCUCGGAAUACAAAUGGCAACUAAUGGCUGAAGAAAAUCUUGAGCAGAGUGAACAGUUACCUCCGAUUAUCUGUAAAAAACGGUGAUCGCACAUCAGGCUAUAAAGAGAAUACCUAGAAGAUUGCUUUCUUCUUUUAGACCCUUCUCGGAUGAUUUUAGAUACCUACCAUUGAUUUGUUUCGUGAUUCAGUAGCAGUUGCGGGACUCUGUAUUUGUUAAACAAAGAGAUGAGGAACAUGACAAUUGUUAAUAACAUAAUUUAAUGUAUUUCGUAAUUUAUAUUAAUUUAUGCAUUUGAUAGGUAUUCGCUUCCACGCGGAUAUUUUUGUUAUAAGUGUUAGUCAUUUUUUUUUGAUUGAUGGUCGUGUUGUUUGUAGAAGAAAAAGGAAAAACUGUUCUGCGGUUGUAAACGAGAACAUAUCACGGAUCGAAGACCAAGAAAGUGCAUUGAACAAUCAAAGAAUUAGAAUGAAUCGAGUGAUAGGUUUCUUUUCAUGCAGAAGAGAGUUUUUAGGUAUGAAUUGAAGUAUUCAGAAAGUAGAAGUUAGGUAAGAUAGUGUGAUCCGCUAUAUUCUAAAAGUAUUUCUAAAAAUGUAAUGCAAAAAUUAAUUUGUAAUUGUUACUUGAGUACAUUGGGUUGCAAUAAAAAGUCAGAUUCUUUCAAAUUUUGAUACCAAACUAAUAUAUCAUGAAAAAUGAUCCCAUGCUUUUUUCAAGAAGGGUUACUUGCGAACAGGAUCAAUUUUUCUCAAAAAAAAACACUAGAAGAGGAUGAAAAUUUUAUCAAAACUAUCAUGAAGCUUGUAACCAUUCAAAAAAAUCAAUUCUACAGAACAGUUUUUCCAACUACUAAGUUUGUAAUUUAUUGAACAUAUUGUAUUGAAUUCCAUUUGAUUUUAUGUCGAGUAAGGUGCGAAUGUGACUUUAAAAAUUUGUUUGUAAUGAUUUUUUGUAUAUUUCUGAACAUUAAAGGUUCAUCUCACUGGUAAAAACACCAAGCUAAAGUAUUAAAUGAGCUUAACAUGCCAGCUGCACUACUUGUAUAUAUACAAAUACUGUGUUUCUUUGAAGUCACUCUCCAUUUGAAAAAUAUGUAUUCUUUACGAGAAUUCAAAAAUGCAACACUCAAAUCGUUCAUUUUAACUGUAAUAACAGAAAUCGACUAUGACUGAUGUAGUAUGAUUUUUUCCAUGAAUUUUCUGUGUGAUUUUCAAGAAUUUAUUAGUAUUAAUGCAAAUCCAUGACAUUGAUUCUUCUAUAACUAUUAGCAAACAAAUGUCAGUGGUAGUUAUUUUUCAAUCAAAGAUUUACUUGACUUUCAUUAUUAUUUAACUCGUGAAUAAAUUCAUACACCCAUCUCAGGGUGUACUAAUUACUGUGAUAAUUGGUAUUUAAUCAUACGCUCACAUGUAUGAGCUUGCCCUCAAGCCUUUAUAUUAUUCAACAAGCAGAGCAGAGCUAAUGUUGAGAAAUUGGUAUUUAGGUGAAUAGAUUGGAAUUUACUUAAAUAUACUUAUACCUUAAUGGAAACUAAAAGAUACUGAAAGAAUUAUUUCACUAGUAAAAAAUAGUAUUCAAAUUGUUAACCAGACAAAACACAGCAUUCUAUCUAGAACCAGUCAUCUCCCUUUCAACCAAAUAAUAAUAAACAACGACAGCCAACAAGUAAGAAUUUCAAAUGGUACCUAGCCCUUAAGAGAUACAGACAAAUGACUGAAAGGUGGAUGUAGUACGAAUUGCCGACCUUGAAAUUACAUGAAAAAUUACUGCCUUCCAAAUCUCAAUCACACUGUAUAGUUAAACUCGACUUUUUUCCACUAUUACACUGCCAAUACAACACAAAAACUAACUGAACUUCAAACUAAUUCUCAAAUGUCUAUCGCCUCGUUAGCUCACU